UGCGCAGUGAGUGUGCGGGCGCAGCUUCGCCGUGGUUUCGGUUGAGCAUUCUUGGCAACGUCUCGCUCGGUGAACAGGCAGUCGACCGUCGGCCAACGAGUGUUUCCACAAUGUCUGGAGAAUUAUUUUAACGGAAUAGGAUCCGAGCGGAAACACCGGAUCAGCGUUAGGUAAGAGAAAUCCUGAGUCUUCCCUUCCUGCACUGUGUCGUUAAACACCUGCUUCACCUGCAAGCUGCACAGCUGAAGGCAGAACACGCUAAACCAGUGAAUGACGAUGAUGAUGAAUGGUGAUGUGGGCUGUGAUUCGUGAUCCUCCAUCUGGAUGCAUGGAUGUUCUUUUCUCAGAUCUGCAUUCAACUGAAAAUAGUCCCAGAAGAAGAAGACCGGCCCUGACUCAAACUGGUCAUCAGUGGACCAGUGAAGUCUUUCCCACCCUGCUAAGUUAAAAGCGAUGUUUUUGGGAGCUGGAGGCCGUAGCACCAUCAGCAGAGUGUGUGUGGGGCCCCUCCUCUCCCUCUUUCCCAGCACACCUCCUGACAUGGGAUGCCAGCCCCCUGCCUCCCUGCCCUGAGCUCUCCUGGGGUGCCAUGAACAGCUACAGAGACAGAGGGGUCACUUGCACCUCCUCAGACCUGCUGGAUGGAGGAGGAGGAGGAGGGUUGCCCCAGCACGCUCCGUUUCAUCACACCCCCAAUGGCCACCCGACUCCUGGCCUGACAGACUUGGCCAUCCAACCACGCGUCUCCAUGCCCAAAAUGGGUGUUCGGGCGCGGAUUGCAGAAUGGCCCCCACGCCGCACCCAGUCCAGAGAGUCGCUGCUUGAAAAUGGGCAAAUUUGCAGCAAUCGCCAUGGAGAUGACUUCUCCACUUCGAUUUCCUCGUCAGUUUUGUCAUCGGACAUUGGGUUGGUGCGGGGAGGAGUUGCCAGGUUGCCACGUCGACGGUCCAAGGAUGUAGAGUUCCGAGGAGGAGGUUUUGUCGGUGAAAGAGGUUCACCUUUUAGCCUAAGAGUGUUCCCUCCACUGAGACAGCGCUCAAACAGCGAGGUGACACUGAGCGAACAGGACGAAAAUGAGGUGGAGGUACGUGGAGGUGGCGGGAUGGGGAACCUGUUCAGAGAGUAUGGCAGCACCUCCUCCAUCGACAUCCAGGGCAUUCCCGAGCAGAGCUUCUUCGACAUGCUCAGCCAGUUCCACCAGGAGAGGCCCGACCAGCGUAGCUCAGCACCCGUACGCCUCGGGGAGCUGCUGCGUGCUCCAGAUUCACCACCAAGCGCACCCCUUCCCUCUGCUCCCUCACCUGGUCCUGCGGGUGGGGACGACAGAGGGACAGGACGGAAGGAUGGAGCUGAGAGAGUGAGGAAGAAAAGUGGAGGGACAGAGUCGUCACUGGGCACCUCCUCUUUGUUCAGGAAACUUAGGAGCACUAGUCGCGGUGAGUUGGACGGAGGGAAAGGAGAGACUAGUGAGGACGGGGGAGGACGGGGUUCAGCAGACGCCUCCUACAAACCGUGGGUGUGCCCCAAGAGCUUUGUCCACUUUGAUGCUCAGAGCAUCCUGUUUGACCUCCACGAGGCGGCGGCUCAGCGGGGCUACGCCGCCCAGAGGAGGAACACCGCCACCGGGGCAUCAGCUGCUUCAGUGUCCCUGUCCGUUUCCAGAUCCUCGGCUCCCAGUGUGAACGACCCAGUUUACUCCAGCAUAGAGGACCUGACCCUGAGCCCUGACCCUGGCUCCACCACACCCUCCCUUGGCAUGGACCCCCUGGACGGGCCUCCUGGAGCCCACAGCUCGAGCCCACUGCUCCUUUGCUGCCCCCACUUCCUCAAUGAGACCGGGGGCCACGGGGAGCGCAACAUCAGUUUCCUCAGCUCGUCAGCAGAGCGAGGAGGAGACAGAGGAGGAGACGGAGCGAGGGGUUGGCUGAGGAGGAGUAACGCCAGUGUCUCAGUGCUGGAGGUGCCUAUUGAACAGCAGGUUACGAGACUGGACAGACUGAAGCUGUACAGCAUAGAGCAUGUAGACCUGGGGGCCAGGUACUACAGAGACUACUUCCAUGGAAAAGAGCACUCAAACUACUUUGGGACAGAUGAUAAGAUGGGCGCUGUGGCCGUGAGCAUCCGCAGGGAGAAACUGGAAGACACCAAAGACCUGAAAGACCAGUACCAGUACCGCCUCAUCGUCAGAACAAGCGAGCUUGUGACCCUGCGAGGCUCCAUUUUAGAGGAUGCGGUGGCGUCUACGGGGAAGCACGGCACGGUGCGGGGUCUGCCGCUCAAGGAGGUCCUGGAGCAGGUUGUCCCCGAGCUCAACGUCCCCUGUUUGAGACUGGCGCUCAGCACACCCAAAGUCACCGAGCAGCUCCUUAAACUGGACGAACAGGGGUUAAGUCAGAAGCACAAGGUGGGUGUUCUGCUGUGCCGUGCGGGCCAGAGCACAGAGGAGGAGAUGUACAACAACGAGGAGGCGUCACCCGCCUUCUCUGCCUUCCUGGAGCUGCUGGGGGAGCAGGUGCUUCUCAAAGGAUUCACCAAAUAUGCUGCACAGCUCGACACAAAGACGGACUCUACAGGCACCCACUCCCUGUACACCACCUACCAGGGCUACGAGGUCAUGUUCCACGUGUCCACCAUGCUGCCGUACAUGCCCAACAACCCCCAGCAGCUCUUGAGAAAGAGGCACAUAGGGAACGACAUUGUCACCAUAAUCUUUCAGGAGCCGGGAGCGUUGCCUUUCACCCCUCAGAAUAUUCGCUCACAUUUCCAGCACGUCUUUGUUAUCGUCCGUGUGCACAACCCCUGCUCUGAAAGCACCUGUUACAGUGCUGCUGUGACAAGAAUGAAGGAUGUGCCCCCCUUCGGCCCGCCCAUCCCCAGCGGUGUCACCUUCCGCGACCCAGAAACCUUUCGUAACUUCCUUCUAGCCAAAGUUAUCAAUGCAGAAAAUGCAGCGCACAAGUCCGAGAAGUUCCACACCAUGGCGACACGAACGCGGCAGGAGUACCUGCGUGACCUGGCUGAGAACUACGUCAGCAGCACGCCGCUCGACUCGGCCGGCAAGCUUAACAACCUCAUCUCCCUUGCGUCCAAAAAACGCGAGCGCUCCAAGGCAAGAGAGGGCGCGGAGCUGGGAGCUGCGGGGGCCGUCGCCUGGAGGGUCUUGGCCCAGGACUUUAGUGGAGGGGGGACGGAGCUCCCUUGUGCCUUGGGUUUGUCGGCUGAGUACAUCCUCCUGACAGACUGUUCCACCAAAGAGGUGGUGUUCAACUGUUUCUGUGCGGAUGUGAUCGGGUGGACGCCUGAGCGGCUGGCGCUGAAGAUCUUCUACGGCAGAGGAGACCACAUCGCAGUGCGGGUACCAGAGGGCUGUGCGCAGGACAUCAGGGAAGUGGUGCAGAGAUUAAAGUCGUUGACAGUGGGAUGUGAGACAGUGGAUAUGACUCUGAGAAGAAACGGACUGGGACAGCUGGGCUUCCAUGUUCGCCUGGACGGCACUGUGGCUGAGGUGGAGGAAUACGGCUUUGCCUGGCAGGCAGGACUGAGACAGGGCAGUCGGUUAGUGGAAAUCUGCAAGGUGGCCGCGGUGACGCUGACUCACGAGCAGAUGAUCGACCUGCUGAGGACGUCGGUCACGGUCAAAGUGGUCAUCAUUCCUCCAUACGAAGAGGGGGGGCCUCGCAGGGGCUGCACAGAAGAGUAUGAGAUGAAGACCAUGGAGCAGAAGCCAGAACCUGAGCCUCUGGCGGCAGGCUACCGACCCUCCUCUCGCCCGAUGUGGCGAUGGGACAGCCCACCCAUUCCUCCAGGGCUCCACAGUGCCCCCAACCCAACCCAGCGCUGGGCCCCCAUGGGUCCCCCACCUCCUCCACUGCCCCGCACACACAAGGCCAUGAUGCCAGUUCCUUACAGGGAGCCGCAGCACCUCAACUCUAAGAGGCCAGUGAGUUACCCAGAGAACCACUACAGUCUGUCUUCUGCAGGAGGCGACAGAGUGCUGCCCUACAGAAACCCCUCAGCCAGCUUCUCCUCGCCCUCCUCAGGCCUGGUCGGCCUCUCCACGAUGGGGCCGCCUGGAAUCACACCAGGCCCCUUCGUACGCUACAAACCCUCACCUGACAGAUAUGGAACAGGACAGCGCCCCCUGCUGCCCUAUGAGCCCCACCUCAGUGUGGACAUCACCUCCAGCGGAGAGUCUUCCUCAGGCUUCACCAGUCAGGACAGCACUAUGGAGCGCAAAACAGAACCCCUCUGGCAUGUCCCAGCGUCGUCAUCUCGAGGACCGGGUGGUGGAGGGGGACAGAGGAGACUAACCAGACAGGAUAUCCCCGGGAAAGACUCUCCAAACAGACACUCGAAGGGUGAGACUCAGUACUCCAGCCACUCCAGCAGUAACACUCUGUCCAGUAACGCCUCCAGCAACCACAGCGACGAGCGCUGGUUCGACGGAGGAGCUGGAGGAGAGCGAGGAGGCGGGGGUUGCCUCAGCGACCCAGCUGACCCCGACCCCGACCUUCUCAACAAGGGGGGGUCUAACGACAGCGGCAUCGACGCCUCAACCCACUACAACAACACUCGCCACGGAAACAUGUCCAACAGCCAGUCCCAAAAGCCCAUGCACUGCUUCGCGGCCUACAGUGGCAUCCAGGAGCUGUCCGUGGGAAGGAGUGGCGGCGGGGGAGAAGUGAGGAGACGGGAGUCUUCGCCCAUCAUACCAGCCGCAGCCAGUCAGAACAAAGGGUACCGGACGAGGACGUUCCCGCCUCCUGGCUCCAGUGCUGAUAAAAUGGAUGCUUUCAAACCCAGAGCCUACACUCCGCAGGGUUACAAGACUCCGACAGCUGAGAAAGUCCGGCAUGUCCGAGCCGCUACGGCAACACCCACUUCAGCCCAGUUAAGCUCCAUCCCGCUGUCCAGCUCCGCCCCCAAGGCCUUCUAUGGGAAGAGCAGACAAACCGCCUGGCAGACAGAAGACACCAGCCCAUCACCUUCAAACGCAACCACGACAUCCAGCUCUGACAGCAGCAACAGCAAGAAGCAGGUGGAUACAAACUCAAAGAAUGUGUUUGGACAACCUCGGCUCCGAGCAUCACUGAGGGACCUGCGUUCUCCACGACGGACAUACAAAAGCACCAUCGAAGAUGACCUGAAGAAACUGAUUAUCAUGGACAACCCGGGAGAGACGCCACAAAGAGAUCCGUCUCCCAGACGAACCUUGCAGCGCACCUUUUCAGAUGAAUCACUGUGCAGCGGGCGCAGAGAGGCCAGCUACGCCAACUCUGAGAACCAGACGGCCCCCACUGACGUGCUGUUUACCUGCACGCUGCCCACACGCAGACACGCCAUCUCCUCCAACCACAUGCAGAGCAAGAAGGUGCCUCUGUCUGCCUCGGAGCUCUCUCUCACAGAAGUUAGAGACAAAGUUCCCCCCCUGAGGAGGCUCGAUCCCGGGCUGAUGCCUCUUCCUGACACAGCCUGUGGCCUGGAGUGGUCCAGCCUGGUCAACGCUGCUAAAGCCUACGAAGGUGAGGACGGAGACACUCCAAGAUUAGCACAAAGAGCAGUUUCCCUCUUCUCACUGACUGAGCCGCAGGUUGGCGGUCCAGACAUGAGACCAGUCGUCAGUCCAGUCCAGUUUCACACUCCUCAGACACCUCGGACCACACCGACCUUCAGCGGCGACGAGGUGCCCAACGAUUUGUCUGGCCGGCUCUACCACCUGGAAGUGAUGUUAAAACAGCUGAACACUGAUCUGGAGAGAGAGAAGCAGGAUAAAGUCGUUCUGCUCGCAGAGAUGGCCAACCUGAGAGAGAAUAACCAGCGCCUGCAGGAGGAGAGCCUAACAGCCAGUGAGCAGCUGCGCAAGUUCAGCAGGAUUUUUACUAACCUCGACAAGACAGAGAGUGACCACGAGCCUCACUCCUUAACACAGGAAACUGACUCAAAGAGGGAGUGAUAUCAAAACCUGCAGCAGAAGACGAGAGUGAGAUUCAGGCCACAGAGGGAGGGUGACUGUACUCAGUACCCAUGAUUCCUUGCACACACAGGGGCGGCAGAGGUCACAAAGAUGUCACCUCACUCAGCUUCCACUGGACUGCCUUAAACCGUAGAGAGAGCAAGAAAAAAAAGACGAUCGUGAUUUUUAAAAUGCAACACUCCCAGAAAGUCUCACCAAGCCUGUGUGCACAGACAGAGCAGAGACCCUCCCUCUGUAUUCUCUGAGCCUGUUUAUUUUUAUAAACUGAAGUCAAAAAAGUCUUAUACACUUGUCAUAUAUAUAAAUACAUACGCUACUAUGCCAGAGGAGCGAGUAGGAGAGGAGAACCUGACUGUGUUAGAGAACACUACAUCACCUGGAGAGGCCUAAUACUGUUCCUGCAGCGAAUCAGCCAAAAAAAAUACAGACUGCAUCUCCCAGAAUGCACUAGAAGUAAUGGAGACUCUACAGACAUGGUACUGUAGAUAGAUGCCUGUGUGGUACAAUUCUCAUGUAUCAAUGUUAUCUAUAUUGUACUGAUAUUGUAAAACAGUCGUACUAAAGAGGUGUAUGUGUGUAACUGAUGGUACAGCGAAUACUCAGAAGCAUUAUCGCACAACAGUGUUUGUGCUCAAGGCAAGAUGCAUUUUAUUACCCUUUGGUGUGAGUGUGUGAGAAAGAGGCUGAAUGUGAUGGUCUGUUAUAGGACGUUUGAUUGAUGAACAAAGUAGUUUACUGUAAUAUGAAACUUGCGGGCCACAAUAUUUUCCUUUCCUCCGUUUACAUGGAUGAACCGUGGCCCUUUAGAUGUGAAACAAGCCAUCAGUGAGUGUUGAGCCAGUGUAAAUGGUCGAUGUCAUUGAAGCUCAGUGAUUUAAUGGUAUCAUAUCUCUAAUGUAGUGCAUUGUUUUGAAUUUAAUUUUCACUGUUUUCAGCAGUGCCCUGUCAUCUCAGAUCUGGACAAUUAUUUUAACCUUGAGUCGUUAUCACGUCUUUAAAUUAACUUUUUUUUCUUCCUAAUAUUUAAAACAAUAGUUUGACAUUGACACCACUCGUGUCUUUCCGUCAGACAUGGAGCCACAGCCAGCAAACGGUUAUUAGCUUAGCAUGAAGACUGGAAACAUGGGGGAACAGCUAACUAGCUAGCCUGGCUCUGCCCAAAGGUAAUACUAUCCGCCUACGAGCACCUCUAAAGCUCACCAAUUAACUCCUUACAUCGCAUUUGUUUAAUCUCAAACAAAAGUAUAAACUGCAAUUCGCCAUUUUACGUACUUUUUUUUUAAGCUAAGUGAGCAGUAACGUCCAGGAGUCUCCGCUGGUUGCCUGGCAACUGGUACUGGUGUUACACCAAAUUCUGUAAAUCACACUUUAUCACAUACUUGAUUUUGAUAGCGGUUACCAAACAUAGUGCCCUCAUAGUACUUAGAUAUAAAGCAAACAAGAUAUAACGUGUUAAUUUGCGAGCUUUAUGAGGUUCUAGAAGGUGGAUUUUGUUAGCGUUGGACAGAGCCAGGCUAGCUGUUUGCUCCCCCGUUACCAGUCUUUAUGCUAAGCUAACCGUCCGUUGGUCUGUAGCUUCAUAUUUAACAGCACAGUAAGAGAGCGGUGUCGAUCUUCUCAUCUAUACUAACUCUGCACUAGAAAGUGAAUAAUCGUAUUUCCCAAAACGUUAAGAUAUUUGAAUAAUCGCGUCUUCUUUCUUUCGUCUUCUACUAAUCAAAAUUAAGCUGUCACCGCAGAAAACAUUUACUGUACAGGAAACCCACUGGACAACACUGAAGCUCCUUCAUAUCAGAACCAGUCUGUCUGUGUGUAUGAGAGGAUUUGUCCCCGUGUUCAGUGAUAACCCAAAUGAACACAAAAGACACUAUUUAUACCGCUAGCUUGCUUAAUGAUAUUGUCUACUAUAUCUAUUUUUCAUACAGAAAUAAUGUGUCUGAUUGCGUGUGUUUUGGAUGCUGGUACUGAAUGGACAAUACAUCCCUGCAGAGGAUGGAUCUUAUCUUCCUGUGUCAGUUUAGCUAUUGCUGAUAAAACUAAAUGAUCAUCUCCUGCUCCGCCCUGUAGUAACUACUUCUUCCCUGGUCUGACUGGAACUGUUGAAUUUUCAAUCCCAACUCACUCAGGUUCCUCAAGAUGCUGUUAAUGACACUAAACCAUCAAUCAGGGGUGGGCGACGCCUGAGACAAUGUAAACUUGUCUGCCAUCACAGAUUUUGCCAUAUUGUUUAUAACAGUAGUUAUCCCUUUAAUAUUUCUGGGUGUAUUAGGUCAUUGCAGGCAAAUUAGCAGGACUGUUUUAUGGCAAUAUUGGAUUUUUAUGAUUUAUAAGUUUGUAAUUUGCUGGAUUAGCCUAAAACAGACAAAUAUAAACAAUUUCUCGAUUGAUUUUUCCAUAAAGUUGACUAUAUCGAUAUCACACAUCUGUAUCGCCCACACUUAGUAUUAAAAAAAAGUUUUUCUUUCACUGACACAAGAGGGAACACGUGUUGUAGUGUGACUCUGAGGUGGGCAGAAAACUGCCAUUUCCUGUUGUUACCACCUCCUUCAUUCUUCUGCAGCCAGUUAUACAGUUUCAAGCUGGGCUGUAGUAUCAACUUUAACUUUGAUAGCAGUAACGUUUAUGCCUGAGCCUAUUUGGACCUUUUUGUUUGGGUUCAGAAAUACUUUAACCACUCUGGGAUAAACAAAUUCAGACUGCAAUUGUCCCGAAAGAAAAGCUCCUGUUAUUCUGGUUUGUGACAAACUCCUGUUGCUCCUUCAGGAAAUCCUUCAUUCAUGCAGCUUCGCAAGUGUAGCUUUUAUUUUAGUAUCUGCAAGUCUCAGUUUGCUUGUGUUAAAGGGGCGAGGUUUAUUUCUUUAUUUUAAAUACAUUUUGUUCAUGUUAUGUAUAAUUGUAAGCUAUUUAUAGCAAACACAACCCUGUUGAACAAUUCAAUAAUGCAUUAUGGUUAAUGGUAAUAUUGUAUAACUAGGUUUGUUUUUUUAGAUGUUAAAUAUUUUGAUAAUUUAUUUCUUAACACAUUCCCACUGUUGCAGACAAUAGUGAAGAUGAGAGGGUACUGUGUUUUUAUGUGUGUAUGCGGUUUUACGUCUGAUCUCUGUACAAAACUGAUUUGUAUGAUUCUGCAUUUUCCAUUUUCUCGCGUCGUCUUUUCUUUGUGCAGCGGUGCUUUCUGCAUGUGGCAGGGCUACGUGAUGCACAGACAAAACGUUUGGUUUCUUUGGGUUGUAAUAACUUGUACAUUUAAAAGUGUAAAUUAUGUUUUCAUUAUUUUAUAAAAAAUAUAUUAAAAAUAACUAUCAGAA